AUGAGGCUAUCUACAACGAUUUUAUUAAUCACCCUUGCAAGCGGAGGUCCUAAUUGGCCUGAAUGUGGAGUUAUUUAUUGUGAAUUUUGCUACGCAGGAUGUGAAAUAUGCAAUGGUGGUUCUUUUAAUGAAUGUACUCAAUGCAUCUCGAACUACUAUUGACUAUCUGGCAUUUGUAUGUCACGAACUCCUAUUGUUAUCAAUGACGAUGCAUUUACAAUAGAUUUUUCUAAAAUCAAGCUGGAUAAAGAUCCAAGUGCCUUAUUUGUGAUAGGAUCAGACGGUGGGAAUGUCUACCCAAACUUUGACGCAAAUGACCCAGUCCCAUCAAUAUCUAGAGGAUAUUAUUUUUUAAAAGACUCUUAUAUGUCAUCAGAAGCCUAUAACUUUAACUCUUGGUUUACAGUCAUAUUUUGAGUCAAGCCUAUAUCGUCCGGAAGAAUUUUUACAAAGAAAACACCAUCUAGUUUCUACCAAUCUUUGUAUAUAUCAGCAUCAGGGCUCAUAAACUAUUCUAUGAUGAUAUUUUUACCAACAACUUUCAUAUAUAAAUUUUAUAGUUCAAAAUUAAAAAAUAUAAAAAUUAAUUCAAUUUCUAUUUGUUUAAAAUUAAAAAAUUAGCUCGAGAUUCAUUAUAAUAACCACUUAUAUAUCAAAAAUUUUUAUAUCAAAAAAAAUUUUCUUCGCUCAUGGAGGGAGGAGUUAGUGAAGACAAAAUUCUCAACGUAUUUUAUCAAAUCUUGGUAACGAGUGGUGAAAGUAAAUUAUUACAGAUGCAAAAAUCAAUAGACUUUUAUAAAUGGCAUUAUAUAGCUAUCGCAAACUCUUUAGAAUCAGCAGGAGGAAAAGCUCAACUAUAUGUUGACGGAAAUUUAAUAAGCGAAGCGGCCUAUUCUAAUGCAUUUUAUGAUGACCCUGCGACCACAUAUUUGGGAAAUCUGCCUUCAGACAAAAGUUUUACUGGGUUUAUUUGAAAGAUUAUUCUCUACGGCAAUGCAAACCAUCACUUUGAUGAUUUUCGUACCUCAGACUGCGAUUCUGGGUGUUUUUCAUGCUCAUCAAACUUAAAGUGUCCAGACAAUUGUGGAUUCAAACAGUUCAUGAACAAUGGAGAAUGCGUUGAUUGUUCAAAUGACUGCUAUUAUGGCUGCAGAAGUGCUGGAACAUGCAACUUAUGCCUAAUCAAAGAGUGUGCAACUUGUAAUUCAUUUUAUGAAUGCAGCUCAUGUGUCGAAGGAGCUGAUUUAAUAAAUUCAGUAUGCACUUGCAGUGGUGGAAAAGUAUUUACAGGAGUCAAAUGCGAAUAUUGUGACAUUUUAUGUAUUAGUUGCUUAUCAGCAAAACACUUCAGCUGCAGUGCUUGUCAAGAAGGUUAUUAUUUAGCUGGGCAAAUUUGCUUACGUAAUAUUCCAUUUGGGUGGGAUAACUCAAAAAGUUCUCCGUAUAUAUAUAUAUCCUUAAGGCUAUAUAUUAACUCUAUCUUAGUUUUAUAUUAUAAUUUCAUCAAAAGAGAAUCUCUAAUAAAAUUAAUUCAAAACGGAAUAGUAAUUGAAGAGAGCUUUGAAACAGAAACUUUUAAAGGAUCAUAUGGAGUUUUUAAUACUGGCACAGAUAAAAACACUUUUGCCCCUUUUAAUGCUCCUGAAGCAUCAGAUCCAAUCCCUAUGAUCAAAAGAGGGCUUUAUUUUGACAAUGGAGCCUAUCUCAGGUCAAAUAGUGAAGUUUAUUUGCCAUAUGAGUUUAGCAUGAAUUUAUGGAUAAAUCCUAAAGGUGGUGACUUUUUAGAAAAAUUGAAUAGAGUUAUAGCUCAGAGCCUCAUUUUAUCGCAUACUAUUGCACACCAUUCAAGUGCGAAUCAGCUCUAG